AUGUAUUCUGACAAAGCAGACAAUCACCAAGUACCUAAAACACCAACAACAACAUCAACAAAUAUUAUUAUGCACUUGGAAAAUGAAUUAUUAGAUAUUAGCGAAGAUGAAUUAAUUGAAAUUUUAAAACCAAAGUUCGAUAAACGUGAACCAACAUCAUAUUCACCACACGAUGAACCAUAUGCACUAACAAUUGAAACAACACAAGCAGAAAUGAAUGAAUUCAACUUAAAUGAACAACAACAACAACAAUUAUCAAAUACACAAACCACCAACAGCACAAUAUCAAAAUCAGAAAAACAAAAACAAAAAAAUGAAAAACUUAAAUGGAAACAACGAAACAGACCAGAUUUUCAAAAUAAAUUAACAAGGCCAAUAUAUUAUAAAUAUGACUUUAGAAAAAUACAUGCUCAAUUGAGUCUAUUGGCUUUUUUAUUUCAAAUUGAAUUCUAA